AUGGCUGAGGAAAUUGACGACGUUGUGAAGUCAUCCUACAGAGCAUUUCAAUCUUACCGUGUGGUAAAUCCCCGAGUUCGCGCCCAGCUGCUAUUGAAAUGGCAUGGGCUUAUCUGUGCGAACCGCGAUGAUCUGGCUACAAUUUUGUGUCACGAAUCUGGGAAGCCAUUAAUGGAGGCUUAUGAUGAAAUUGACUAUGCAACGGGCUUUACGUGGUGGUUUGCUGGAGAAGCAGAAAGGAUUCGUGGCGAUAUCAGCACACCAUCCGCCCCAAAUCGCCGAGUACUGGUUUUGAAACAGCCUAUUGGCGUGUGUGUUGCUCUGGUUCCAUGGAACUAUCCUGUUGCGAUGGCUCUGCGCAAAGUGGGUGCAGCACUCGCUGCUGGGUGUACUAUCAUUGCUAAACCGUCUCCGGAGACCCCUUUGACGACACUUACCCUGGCAUACCUGGCUGUAAAAGCAGGAUUUGCACCGGGAGUGUUCAACGUGGUCACAACCUCAAACGAGAAUACCCCUCUACUGUCGGAGGCACUAUGCAAACAUCCGUUAGUCCAAAAGGUUUCUUUCACCGGGUCGACUGCGGUAGGAAGUCUUAUUGCCAAACACUGUGCUGAAGGGCUAAAAAAGUUGUCGCUGGAACUCGGUGGUAAUUGCCCUUUCAUUAUAUUUUCAGAUGCAAACCAAGACCAGGCGCUGGCACAGCUGACGGCGCUUAAAUGGCGAAACGCGGGUCAGACCUGCAUCGCCGCGAACCGGAUCUAUGUUCAAGAGGAAAUCUACGAAGAUUUUCUCACCAAGUUGGUACACCAUGCAAGAGCUAUCAAACUUGGCCACGGUUCUCGGAAAUCCGUCAAUAUGGGUCCCCUGACCACCAUGCGAGGUGUGCAAAAGGCCCAACAUCAAGUGGAAGAUGCCGUUCAGCGAGGUGCUAAAGUAGUUCACGGUGGGAAGACUCCUGUGGCGAGCGACUCUGAAUGUGGAUAUUUCUUCGAACCGACCAUCAUUCGCGACAUGAAUUCCUCGAUGCUGAUUACACAUGAGGAAAGCUUUGCUCCAAUUGCCGCCGUAUACAAAUUCAAAACCGAGGCGGAAGUGACCGAGCUCGCAAAUGAUACUGAUAUGGGUCUCGCAAGCUAUGUAUUUACCAAGGAUAUUGAUCGUUGUUGGCGUAUGUUGGAGAGCCUCGAGGCAGGUAUGAUCGGUCUUAAUACCGGUAACUCCUCAGCUGCUGAGAUUCCUUUCGGCGGGAUGAAGCUGUCCGGCUACGGUAAAGAGUCUGGGAAGGAUGUUGCUAUUGCAGAAUAUCUUGUGUCGAAGUCCUGUGCUAUCACGAUCGAAGGGGAGCUCAAGUGA